UCUCUCUCUCUCUCUCUCAGCUGUUUGUUCCUUACACUCACAAACCUCUCAAAAACCCCUAAUUCGCUUCUCUCUCUUCCCCUCCCAAAUCCCUAGCCAUCUUCAAUGUCCGCCAAACGCUCCCGCAUUGUUCACUCCUCGAGCUACGGCGACACCGGCCUCCUUCCGCCGCGGUCGGCCGAGUCCUCCGAUUCCCGGCUCCACGUCCGUACGGCUUUCGGUAAUGGCGCGAAGGCUCUGAAGCCGUCGCCGGAGGCUGUGCAGUCUCCGCCGUCGGUUCUGACAAUGUCGUCGCCGGAGAUUGUGACGAUGGGACGCGAGGCGCAGGUCGAUAAGUUCCUUGACCACUGCUACUUUUGUCGCCGGAGGCUCCCUCACAAUGAGGACGUGUUCAUGUGCGGUCCCUUUCGUGCAUUUUGUUCCCCAGAGUGCCGUGACCAGCAAGUUGACCUGGACAAGAUAGCAGAGCAACCAAAGCAAGUACCUGUUCAACCAGUUAGAACCAUGUACAGCAUGACCAACAAUGUCAAUGGAUCGAACGCAACAAGUUAGUCGAGGCUAACUUGCAUCGCAUGGCUGUCAAAUUUUUGAGAUUGGCAUGCGAUUUCGGUUAGAAACGGGUUGUCUUAGAUGCUCAAAUUUAGCUUAUAAUUAGGUUCUGUAAAGUUUGCCUAGUUUCUUUUAGGUUCCCAAAUUCUACAUUUUGUUAUGUUUUGCGGUUAUGAUGAAACCUACUGGUAGUGUAGUGUAGGUUCCCAAAUUCUGCAUUUUGUUAUGUUUUGUGGUCAUGAUGAAACAGACUGGAGCUUUACCAGAAUAGAGUACGGAGUUAAACUUGUGCCACAGUUAGCCUGCCUUCAUUUUACCCCUUUUAAUAUGAUUCACAGCUUGUUAACGAUUCA